UGUCAAUCUGUGUGAAUUGUGAGAGUAAGGGUGCAUCUCCGUUGCAGACUUGGAGCAGUUUGACACGGCUGAAGGCUACGGAAUCACGAGAGGUCUUGUUUAGCGGGGCAAAAACUAGCGCUCUUUGGCAGAUGCAGCUAAAGACCUUGUCAAACUACUCCUUCCAGGAGUCCAUAGCACUGAGCCAUGUUGUCAGUGUAAAUGCGCCCAAAGAAGCCCAACAGUUAGGCAAGAGCAUUCCCGAAAAGCCCCUGGCCAAAGCGGGCUGCCUCCAGGACGGAAAUCCUCUCGCUUGCCUGCUUGUUUCUGCCCCAGGCCCAGCUGGAGGGAGGAGGCACCAGAAGCGGCGCUUUCCUUUGAGCCUUCCCAUUCCUGCCAAGCGCGUCACGCCAAAGAAACUCCCCGAGUCUUCCUUUUGCGGGGAAGCGAAAGCGAAAGAGAAAGCGGGCUCGGGGCCCCUCCAUUUCCUUGGCUGCGGGCGACAUGGCGGAGGGCCGAGGGCUGUGUCCCUUCCCUGUCCUGGUGCGGGCGGACUGGGGCGGCCCCGAUCUCCCCAAAGCCACGAGGAACAAACUCCUCUGCUACUUCCAGAGCCGCAAGAAGUCCGGAGGCGGGGAGUGCGAACUCCAGCGCCAGGGAGGGCGAGUCCUGGUCUGCUUCGCUCGCCCAGAAGUGAGGCAACGAGUUCUUUCCCAAAAGACGCAUGAAAUUGACCUAGGAGAAAAAGGAACCUUGGAGCUGGUUGUCACACUGCUUGAAACAACAGAUGAAAUAAAGGAUCAUGUGCCUAAGACAAAAAUGGUUCCUGAGCAGGCUCCAAAGGAAGAAAACCAAACAGGAGAGAUGACCAAAAAGAAGACGAUGGCCACAAGGGAGGAAGUGCAACAGGAUGUGCCAAGAGAGAGCGUCACGUUAGUGAGCAGAUCUGCUGAUGGAAAUCGACAUGGCAGGGAAGAUGUAUCCACCAAUUCCCAAACAUCUCCUCUUGUUGCUCUUCGAAAUGUUGAAGACAGCAUCACGCCUGAAGUGUUAAGUCUGCUGGUAGAGAAUAUCAGCGAUCUUUUGGAAGAAAAUGACUACCAGAUUGAAUUGAUAAGGGAGAGAAAUGCUGCUGUGAUAACGUUUCAGCAAAGUAUAGAUGCUGCAACCUUUAUGAAGCAAUGUGCCAAGAGCUCAAGGUUUAAAGAAUAUAAAUUUACUGCUUGCCAUCUUGAAUUGCCACAGAUGAUCAAAGUUGAAAAUAUCCCCAUUGGAGUGUCCAAAGAUUUCAUAACACUCUACUUUGAAAGUCCAAAACAUGGAGGAGGGCCCGUCUCCAGUGUUCAAAUGUUACCUGAGGAAGAGUCAGCUCUUAUUACUUUUUGUAACAACCAAGCUGUGUCAACAGUACUGGAAAGGCAGCAUUCUUUUGAUAAUCAACCACUUUCAGUUUUCCCAUACUGCAGUUCUUUGGAUGCAGUUUUGUAUGGGAAGAAGAGACCACGGGUCAAGAUGCCAGAGCCUGUCAACGUUCCUUUAGACCCUUAUAUCUGGCAGUUCCUUCAGGGCCAGGAUAAAUUAACCCAGGAAAUAGAUAAAGAAAUGAAAAAUUGCUAUUGUGAACUAAAAUGGCCUGCAUUGACACAAAAACAGCCAGAAGUCACCUUGUUUCCCUCAGCUGCCUUAGGUAAACAAGGGAAGUCUAUGGAACAGUUAGUGAAAACGUGGAAAGACAAAAUUUCUACAGAAUUCACAUGUGUUAUGUCAAAGUUCAAGACUGCAACCUGUAAAAUCAUUCCAGAAAAAUGGAAGGAAAUAGAAAGUAGUUUCAUACAUGAUGUUUUGGCUGUACCUGUUGUAUCCAAAGAAACGGUUACCAUAGCAGGUUUUGUGUUCAAUGUGGAUUACAUAGAGAAUCAGAUAAAAGCAUAUAUUGAUAAUGUGAAUCAAAGUGCAGAAAAAGCAAGGCAAGCAAUACAGGAAACAUUGUCAGUCUCCCCAGGAAAGUAUGCUGUUCUGCAUCGUGCUUUGCAAGAUAAGAAUUUGUGUGCAGAGAACUCAGGGGUCAAGUUAUCUUACGAUCUUUCAGAAGGAGUGCUGCAGCUGUGUGGGAUGCCCACAGAAGUGUAUAAAAUGAAAAGUGAUCUACUGGAGAAGUUGCACAGCAUGAAAAAGAAGGAGGUCAUUGUCCCCACCCAAAUUGUUCAAUUUCUGCAGCAUGUAGGGAGCCAGAAGGUGUCAGCAAUCAUAUUUCAUGCAAAUAACAUAAAUGCUGCCUGUGAGCUUACAUCUAAUCAUGUCACAUUGGUAGGACAUACUUCUGGAGAUCUCUUGAAAGCAGAGGAAAGGAUGAAGAAAGACCUGGAUUGUAAAUUCAUUACUUUGGAGAAUCCAGAACUUAUCAACAAAAAGGAAUGGAAAGUACUUGUUAAGAAGCUGCUGAAGAAACACAGUUCUUCAAAUGAAGAUGUUAUAAUUGAUGACUGCUACAUUUUGGGAGAAGAUGCUAAAGUAACCAUAGCUGGAUAUAACAUAGCAGUAACUAAUAUCUAUCAGGAGCUUUCCGAUUUUGUUGAAAAGAAUACCCAUGUGCUACAAACAAUCCCUGUUAAAUCUGCUGUGGUCAUGCAGUUUCUGGAGAAAGAAAAAGGUAAGGUUUGGCAGGAUCUGAAGAAGAAAGGUUUGAACAUCAAUUUUGGGCCACAGACUAAACAGAAGAACAUUAUCCUGAGUGGCCCUAAAGCAGAGGUGUUAAAGGCAGCUGUCUCAGUUGAACAAAUGCUCUCCUUAGUGUAUUCUACUGCUGUGAUGUUUGAUAAGCCAGGAGUUAAAAAUUUCUUCAAAACACGAGAACAUUUUUACAUAACUGAAGCAAAAGCAACCUUCCAUUGUUUGAUCCAAUUGCAGAAUGAUGCAGAAGAUGGAGAUGGUGCCAGAAAGGGACAUUCCCAUACAAAAAUAACAUUGAAGGAUGGUCUUGUAAUUGAAGUCUGUAAGGGAGACUUGACACGUUUUCCAGCUGAUGUUGUGGUUAACGCAUCAAAUGAGGAUCUGCAGCACGUUGGUGGCCUUGCAGAUGCACUCUUAAAAGCAGCUGGCCCUCAGUUACAAAGGGAGUGCAAUGAUCUGGUGAAGAGACAUGGAAGUUUGAGGCCUGGGCGCGUGAUAACUACAGGUGCUUAUAAUCUGCCAUGUAAACAGGUCAUUCAUGCAGUUGGACCAAGGUGGAAAGACUCGGAAAAGGAAAAAUGUAUUAAAUUCUUAAAAAAUGCAGUGAAGGAAAGUCUAAAACAAGCAGAGACAUACAAUCAUCGUUCAAUAGCUAUCCCUGCAGUAAGUUCUGGAGUUUUUGGAUUCCCACUGAAUAUGUGUGCCCACAGCAUUGUGACUGCUAUCAAGGAAUAUUUGGAAGAAUCAUCUGAGAAUAGCAGUCUGAAACAGAUAUUCCUUGUGGAUGUGUCUGAAAAUACAGUUCAGGCACUCGUUAAUGCUUUGAAUGGAGUAUUCAGAGAAGCGCCUCCCCAGCCCAAAUCAGAGUCUCCUGCCCAGUUUCUCAGUCAGCUCACCGAAACUAGAGAUGAUUAUUACACAGUGAUCUCUGCUGAAGGCCUGAAACUCAUCCUUCAGGAAAAGGGCAUUGAAGAUGCAACAACUGACAUCGUUGUGAGCAGCAUUGGCAAUGACCUCAAGCUUGGUGUUGGUCCCCUUUCCAAAGCUUUGUUGCGGAAGGCUGGGCCGCAACUCCAAGCUGACUUUGACCAAGCAGUUCAAACCCAAGGGGCUCAGGCUGGCUCUGUGAUCAUGACCAUGGGAUAUAAUCUAACCAGUUCAGUUGUUCUCCAUGCUGUUGUCCCACUGUGGGAUGGAGGCAAAGGACAUGUAAUAAAGGAACUUAAAGGUAUUGUCCGGAGAUGCCUGGAGAAAACUGAAGAGCUGUUGUUGCGUUCUAUCUCAUUCCCAGCCAUUGGGACAGGCGGGUUUUCCUAUCCGAGAGCUGAAGUUGCUAAAUCAAUGAUAGAUGAGAUACUUCUGUUCAGUAGGACAAGGCAAUUAAAAUCUCUUCAGGAAGUUCAUGUGCACCUGCAUCCAAAAGAUACAGAUAACAUACAGACUUUCUCGCAAGUAUUUGAAUCUCUAACUGGCAGAAUUCCUAAUAACGUGCCACAAACAGAUGGGGGAAAUGCAGGUUUCUUUGGGCCUGUCUCAACUCCUGUUCUAGGAAUUAAUCAAAUGCAGAUUGGGCUGGUUCAAUUCCAAACAAUUACAGGCGAUAUUACAAAGGAAACUACAGAUGUUAUUGUCAAUGUAUCCGAUCAACUUUUUAAGUCCAAAGCAGGUGUCUCCAAGGCAAUUCUAGAAGGUGGAGGACCUCAAGUGGAAAAUGAAUGUGCAGCACUUGCCUCACAGCCUCACAAUGGCUUUAUAACUACACAAGCGGGCAACCUGAUCUGUAAGAAAAUUAUCCACCUUGCUCCUGACUCAAAUAUCAAAACUCAGGUCUUCAAAGUCCUUCGGGAGUGUGAAGCCAGGAAAUACACCUCGGUUGCCUUCCCUGCAAUUGGAACAGGUCAGUCAGGGAGGGCUCCUGAAGAUGCAGCUGAUGAAAUGAUUGGAGCAUUUGCUGAUUUCAUAGGCAAAGAAUCGCCCCAGCAUUUAAAAACCAUUAAGAUUGUUAUUUUUCAGCAAAAUAUGCUAAGUGCUUUUUAUGCCUCUAUGAAACAAAGAGAAGGUGCUCCAUUGCCCAGCACGCAAUCUGGAGGAUCGUUUUUUUCAAGGCUAAAAUCCCUUUUUACUGAGAAAAAACCACCUCCUGAAAAGAAACGCCUCUUAGUUUUAGAAAAGAAGGUUGAGGUUGCUGUGUUUGAAAUCUGUGGGGAAGACAGACAAAAAGUCGAAGGGGCUGAGGCCUGGCUUAAAAAAAUGAUACUCCAGGAACAGUCAGAAAACCUAAUUGAUGAUGAAUUGAUUGACAUGUUUGACAAUGCCGAAAUUCAGAAACUGAAUGACCUCCAGAAAAGAUUACACAUUGCCAUCGAGCUAAAGAAGAAUCAGUCUCCUCCUUCCAUUCUGGUGUCUGGCAUACCCCGUGAUGUCCUGACUGCCUCCACAGAAAUUCAGAAGCUGAUUAAAAAGAAGAAAGAGGAACGGGAAGAGAGAUCCAAGGCAGAGCUCGCCAAAAAUUUGGUUGAGUGGCAGUACUGCAAAGAUGGGGAUGUAUACAGACCUUUUGAAAUGCUACCAAAUCUCCAUUUAGAAGAUGCCAAGAUCAGCAACAAGAUGAAUGUCAAUGUCCAAAUUAAUGGGAAGACAUACGUGGUAGACAUGAUAAAUAUGAACGCUCAAGGUCAUGGAAAAACUCUUUCCAUUAAGCGCAUUGCCAAAGGAGAAGGUAAAGUAGCACUUCCCAAGCAGUGGGAAGAUAUGAAGGGGCUCAGUGUGAAAUUGGUUUUGCUGCAGCAGGCUACUCAAGAAUAUCAGGAUGUUGAAAAUAGGUUCCGGCAUGGGUGCCCUACGAGCAAAAUACAAAAGAUCGAAAGGGUACAGAAUCCUUUCCUCUGGCAGUCCUAUCAAGUGAAAAAACAAGAGCUAGAUAAAAAGAACGGCCAGACAAACAAUGAAAAGAUUCUGUUCCAUGGAACUCCUGAUUCCACAGUGACCCCAAUUAACCAUACUGGAUUUAAUCGCAGUUACGCUGGAAAGAAUGCUGCAGCAAUUGGAAAUGGGACUUACUUUGCCGUAAAUGCACAUUAUUCUGCACGUGACACAUAUUCUAAACCAGACAGCAAUGGUAGAAAAUACGUAUACCUAGCUCGGGUUCUCACUGGGGUGUAUUGUGUUGGAAAGCAUGGAUUAAUUACUCCACCACCAAAAAACACAGUAGGGUUUGACCUGUACGAUAGCGUGACUGACGACGUAAACAAUCCAUCCAUGUUUGUUAUAUUUUCUGAUGCUCAGGCUUAUCCAGAGUAUCUUAUUACUUUCAGAAAAUAACAUCACACUCAAGGGCUGCCCCUCUCCUUUCUAAAAGAAAUAAAGACACUCAAUGAGAAUGAUUGAAACGAGCAGGCCAUUUGGCUUUUAUUGCUUGAACUUUCUUGCCAAUUAUGAUCCUACUGUGCCUUUUUAGAGAUUAACAGACUAAAAUUGUUAAGAGUAAUUAUGGGGGUAAAGAAAAGAUGGGAAGGCCGGCAUGAAUUCAAGGUAGGUGGAGCUAUGCCAUGUAUUACAUUCUGAAUCAGAUUGAAGGGAACAUGUUCAAUUUCAAAAGGGUUGCAUGACAUAUUAGAACAACUGUGUUAUUCCCACAAUAUCAAGAAACACAGUGGCAUAGGGUGGACCAUGAAUUGUGUUUUGCCUUUUAGUAUAUUCCUGAAAGUAUGCAUUUGAACGGAACUACAUCCUGGAUAUGUGACAAAAAUGCCACCCCCUUUUGGGAAGGAAUGAUUAGAAGCAGGGGGUAUUUAACUUGCCAAUUCUUCUGCAGUGAUCACUUCCACCCAGGCCUUUCUACCCCAUCUCCCAACAGAUUUGCAGAUGUGAGUUCAUCUGCAUGACCAGACUGCUCUGUUGCAAUCUCUGGGGUGUUUCAGGAAACUUGUAACUUCACCAUUGUGCAUUCUUCUGUCCCUUGAGCUGCUGUGCCUGCUGCCUGUGAAAUUCCUGGGUGACAUUUCUGUGAGCUGUUAAUCUCAGAGAUUAAGCAUAGAGCAGAAGAAACUUAGUUUUAUUUAUGUUUUUUUUUUACAGAAAAUGAACGAAAUAAGGCUUGCUUUUGUCUUAAGUGCCUUCUGACAGCCUUCAUGGCUGUAGCUCUUUGUUAGGUGGCUAGCAGGGCAUUAACUGAAAACUACACCUGCUUUCCAUAUAUAUAGGCAGGUUACACUGCUCUGGUCUUUCUUCUGGGUGGAGUUGCCAACUGAUCUGAAAGCCUCCAGGCUGAGGUGUUCUCCUGUGACUCUGUAAGCAAUCAGGUAAAUGAUGGAAAUUGGCAGGACACAGUUGCAUUGAGAGAAAACAUAAGCACAAGCCACUUUAGAACAAAGUCUAGUUUACAUUGGCAAAGAUCAGACUGAAGUCUUUCCGAGAAUCAUGCUGCAUUUCAUGUUCACCACACAAGAAGUGGCCAUCCCGCUUUCUCUUUGGACUACUACAUGCCUAUGUCAAGAGGCAAUGAAAAAUGGUAUCUCCACCGGGUUCACAAGGAAGAUGCCACUCAUUGGUUUUCUAUGUUCAUUUCUUGAAACUUCCAGAAGGGGAUGGAAGAGUUUGUAUUUGUAUGUGCAUAAAUAGUGAUAGAAUCUGUACCACUGCCAAGGUUAGCAAAGUUUGCAUGGGUUUGUUGCUGCCAAUUGCAGUGUUUGAUGGUCACAUGAAAUAUAUAUGAUUAAAAGCUUUGAAUUGUUGGG